AUGGCUACCGCGCAACUCGUAUGGGAUGAUCGAGGGAUAUGGAGGACCGCGACUACACGUGUUCUUGAGAAUCAUAACCAGGCAAUAUUCUGGUUCCCGGUCAAGGACCCGUCCAGAUUUCAAGUCUAUGCGCGCCUGAUCCAGAGGCUUGCUCUCCUCCACUUCGGUUCUCGUAGAGUUGGCGGCAUCCGUCGUCAUACCACUUUUCGGGAAGAUGCUGGCAGCGAUUACGUCAUAUUUCAGGCUAUCCCGGAUGUACCAGUGGCGCUGGCUAUGGCUCCGCCGCAAAAGCAGAUCAGGACAGAGGAUGGCGGACGAUGGAAAUGUGGCGUCGUGUAUUUAGCUGGAACAGACACCAACGAUCCCAGAGUGUCUGAUGCCGUGCGGGCAUAUCAUGUUUUGGGCGAGAAAUUCAGCUCGGCUGUGCAGGAGAACUGUGAUUCUGAGGACUGCUUGGGAGACUUAUCCCGGGCCGCGCAAGCCGCGAUGGCGGAUCCCUAUGUCAUAGCGAUGUUCCGUCCUCCUCACUCUGUGUUACCCCUACCUCCAAUCGAUACCAAACAGGAGUUUGAUGAACGAAGCGAGAGAAGCUACAUCGCAGUAAAGCCGAAGACCCGAUCUCGUGGGAUGAUGAUCAACUAG